UGUCGACAAGAAUGAUGAAACUUUGAACAUGUUUUGCUCACAAUGCUUGCAAUAUUCUCCCAUUAAUGCAUCCAAAAUAUUGAACACUUGCUCUUUCAAAUGCUUGGUUUGCAAUUAUGUUAAUGUGCUUGUUAGUGAGAUUGCCCCCAUAGCUCUCUCAAAUUUUGGAGACUUUGCUAUCCAUGUUGAGCAUGUUCCCAUGUUUACCCCGCAUAUUCACCACAUCUACUAUGGUAAAUUGCUUAAUGCUAAUGGUGAUGUGCAAAAGAAAUGGACCAUCAUGAUGGAUGAUGUGUUCAUAUACCAUGCACACACGUUCUUUGCUUUGCCUAUUGUGUGUGUAGGUACACGGAAGACAAGGUCAACCUCGAUUGAGCACGAGUUGACCAAACGAGCUCUUGAGAGCAUGAUACAAGUGAGCUCCAAUGAGUGGUUUCGCCCACACACUUCGACUACACAAGAUCUCUCAAUGAGAGCACAACGACACUUCGAUAAGGUGACCUCCUUCAACUUGCGCUCUCUUGCUAUACCCAUGGAACUUCGGCUACUCUUUGAGUGUUGCGUUGCUUGUCUUGUGCUAUUGAUAGGGUUCAUGAUAAGUGAUGCCACAUUCAAGAGUUGUUGUCAUCUCCCACCUCUACCCGUUCAUGAUGAGUUAUCGUCGAGGUCGACUCUUUUUCAAGUGGGGGGAGAUGAUGUAGCCCGACCUUCGGUCUUCGCCACAUCAUAUGCAUCGACGCCGACACGUCACGCAAAGGUGAAUCUUCUCCUUUAUGCGUGCGUACAAUUACCUAUGUGGAAUGGUAUGCUACUUCAUCCUCCGUCAUAUGACCAUGAUAGGAAUACAUCACCAAGUACGGAGGAAGUGGAGGAUGCCAUGGAUGCUCGAGGACUCAAGGCCGAGGUCGUGGAAGCAUGGAAGAAGCUCCAGGCGCAGCUACACCGGAGUCGCCGGCGUCGCCAACUCACAACGGAGUCUCCGGCCCAUGAAGAUCAAGACCGGAGUCUCCGGCCUACAUACAAGAGAGUCUCCGGACUAUGUGAAGCGCUAUCCACAAGUCAAUUUGGGCCAAGGCCCAUGUACCCCCUUCUAUGCCUAAACUACCCCUCCUUAGUGGCUCCCUAUAUAUAGGCUCCCACCUCCCCCUUCAUUAGGUUAGGAAUGAACUUGAGAGAAUUAGGCUCAUGCCUCCACCAUCCCUUUGGGAUUAGGGAAACCCCCUCCUUAGAUUACCAUAAUCUAUUGUACAAGGCACUCCUUAUAUGAUUAGUCUCUCACACUUGUGAUUCUA